AUGGGAAACAAACAGUCCACUGCACACUUUGAUGACAAAUUUGGUAAGAAACAACCUGGCCGCAGAAUGAGUUUCCUUAAAAAAAACUUUAAAAAGUCAAAAAUGGAAGAUGAUUCCCACCAAUCACCCGUUGUUAGCGGUUCAAAAAAUGAAAAAUCUUUCGAUAGCCUGGAAUCAUCGAAUGUAUCGACGACCAAAAACAGUCCAGCUCUAACAAAUAAAACCCCGGAAAGCAACAAAAUUCAAAUAAAAAUAUUUCGUUCGAUCACAAACUUGAACGAUAACGGCAGGAUUCGAAUAAUCCCAAGUGAGACGCCCACUAAUUUCAGAGUUUUCAAAAAAAAUGUUUCGUCCGAGACUUUGCUUGUCAACAGCAACAACACCAGGGAGCAGUUGUCCUUUUCCGCAACGUCGUCUCCUUACCUUCGUUCCUACUCGCUACCACGAGCCUUCGUCAAGAACAGGAUGGCACGUACAUCGGCCGCCCUCUCGUCUUCUUCCGUUGAAAAUUUCGAUAGCAUGAAAAGUAAAAAAUUAAUUUCAAGAUCGUCCAUGUCGUCAACUUCUAGAGCAUCUACUGGUUGUUACACUGAUCCUAAUUCGAAAAAUUACAAGGGUUCGUUCGUUAAAUCAUAA